AUGGCAUUGGUUUACAAGAAGUUUUUAUUGUUCGGUGAUUCGAUCACUGAGUUUUCUUUCAACACAAGAAUGAGCAAUGUUGAAGGAAAAGACGAAUUCUCUUUUGGUGCGGCAAUGGUCAAUGCAUACACGAGAAAGCUUGAUAUUGUUCAAAGAGGCUUUAGUGGAUUCAACUCCCGUUGGGCGUUAAAGCUUUUACCAAAGAUUUUGGAACAAGAGAAUAACGUAGCUAUUGCUACAUUGUUCUUUGGUUCUAAUGACGCUUGCCAACAUGAACACCAACAUGUACCUUUACCUGAAUAUAAAGAAAACACCAAGAAAUUAAUAGAAAUGUUUAAGAAGAACGGAAUUAAAGUGGUGGUAAUAGGUCCUGCCCUAUAUGACGUUGAUAAAUGGUACCCAUCGCAUGGCGCAGAGGUUGACAAGGGAUACGUCCGUUCUAAUGAAUUGUUUGCUCAAUACAGCGAGGCUGCACAGGAAAUAGCUAAUGCUCAAGAAGUUGCCUUUGUUAACCUUCACGAGGCCUUCAAGAAACAAGACGAUUGGAAGUCCCUACUUUGUGAUGGGUUACAUUUCAGCGGAAAGGGUUACGAAGUUAUGUUUAACGAAGUCAUCAAGACCGUUGAGGAAAAAUACCCUGAAUUUGCACCAAAAGCAGUCGAGUACAAAUUACCAAAUUGGAGAUUGGUGAAAUCCGAUGGCUCUACUCUUGACCCCUUGCUCUGA